AUGCCGGCAAUUAAACCAAACAUCUACGCCGUGAUAGUGACCUCGGUGGGAUUCCUCUGUCUGGUCAUCAGUGCGACAGCGGUCGGGGUGCCGGUAUGGGCGUACUACGAGGGCCGUGGCAUAGAGGAUCGUGGAUAUUUUGGUCCUUGGCAAAAGUGUCAGGUGCUCAGCUAUCGGGAACGGUGCGGUGAUAUUGGACGCUUCAAACCGGAUGCCGUCGUGUUCGUGAGUGGACUGUUGGCGGUCGGUGGAUGCGCACUGUUCGGGAUCUUCUGCGUCCUGAGCAUCAUCCAGAUUGCGAUGAUAUCGUCUCGCGAUCGUGUCUGUAUGAGCUACAAAGCACUGGUAAUGGUGAAGCUAGUCGCAACCGUACUAGCCGCCGGUCUAUCCAUAGCGGCUGCAAUUCUGUUUGCGCUGCAAACCGAUGAUUAUGCCCGUGGCUAUCAAAUCACCCGGGGGAUCUCCUUCUAUCUGCAAGUUCUCGUGACGGCACUGUCCCUAGCGCUGCUCGCUUUGGCCGCGUACGAUCGUAUCCUUACGAAGCGACCCGACGGUGACCCAACGAUGCUUUCGAACGCGACGUCCAACGGACGAGGAGGUGCUCGUACCGGUUCUACCUACAAUAAUCCCGGAUUUCGAGACACGUCACACAAUCCCAAUGGCAUUGCAGUAACAGAUUCAUCCGGGCGGCCAUAUUCUUCCGGCAUGAACGGUAGUAUGCAAUCGGUCAACACGACCGUCACAACCGUCUCGAACGGUUCGACGAUCGGGUCCGGAUCGGUAACGAGAACACCGUUACGAUCGAGCCUCAAGAAACCCCGCCCACCCAACACGACAACGGACGGGUUGGGUAUCCGCAAUCCCGGCUACUCCGGCGGCAAUCAAUCGCCGCGAAUGCAGCGGAACGGUAGCGUUAAGAAGGUGCGUAUCCAAACGCACAGCACAGAUGUUUAG